AUGCAACUUUCAAGCUUGCUAAUAGUAAUAUGCCUUAGCCAAGCAUAUUCUCUUUCUACUGUCCAACGAUUCCUUGAUCCAAGCCAAUCACCAGCUUCCACAACACUUUUUUCUCAACUUUCAGAAGAAGAUUCUGAAGAUAUUUAUGAUGAAAAUGAAAAUAAUGAAGAGUAUGAUGAAGAUGAAAGCUACUCUGAUUAUGAUGAAGAAACAGAAGACUGAGAAGAUACUUCUGACUCAGUUGGAUCAGAUGGAAUUUAUGACGUUUAUUAUUCAGAUAGCGAUACCCUAGAUGAUUACUCAAGCGAAAAUCCAGACCAAGAUCUGACUUAUUAUAAUAGCUAUAGUGAAGAAACUGAUGAAUAUAGCGAUAAUGAUGAAGAAGACAGUGAUGAAAUUACUGACUAUGAUGACGGUGAAGAUUAUGAUGAAUAUGAAGAAGGAAGUUAUGAGGAAAACGAAGAUACUGAUGAAAUUCCAGAGGAUUAUGCUUCUGAUAGCGAUAGUAGUGAAGAAGCUGAAAACAUAGAAAGCUCCGAAAGUAAUGAAGAGUCUAGCACUGAUGAAAGUGACGCUCAAGAAGCAUCAGGCGAAGAAAGUGAAGAAGCUGGAAACAUAGAAAGCAGCGAAAGUGAUGAAGAAGAGUCUAGCACUGAUGAAAGUGAAACUCAAGAAGCAUCAGGAGAAGAAAGUGAAGAAGAUGAAGUUAUAGAAAGCAGCGAAAGUAAUGAAGAAGAGUCUAGCACUGAUGAAAGUGACACUCAAGAAACAGCAGAUGAAGAAAGCCAAGCUGAGAGCGACAGCUCUAUUACGUCCACAGAUACUUCAGAAGAGAGCACAAGCGAAUCUUCAGAAAUCACAUUCCUUCAGUUAUCUCAAGACAGCACUUCAGAAGAUGAAGAGGAAGAGGAGGAGGAUGAAUCUUAUUACGAAGUGAAAAACGGAGAAGAAGUUGUCGAUGAUGCAGAUCAAGUCGAUGAUUACUAUGACUAUGAUGAAUACGAAACCUCAAGAUCUACAAACUCGCCUAAAGAUGAAGAUGGAGACGAAAUAGAUUACGAAGACUGAAAAGAGAACACAAUAAACUAUAUUCAAGACGUUGAUGAAUAUGUAAAUGAUAUUGAUUCUGAUGACUGUAGCAGCUGCUAUAAUGAAACAUCAACGGAAACGCAAUCAGAGACUGAGACCUCUGAAGAAACUGAAAAUUCAUCAUCAAGUUCUACUGAGUUGUCAUCUUGGGAAGUUUAA